GCUCAAGGACUCCUCUCUCAGCCUCCCCUAGUAGCUAGGUUUACAGGUGUGUGCCACUGUGCCUGGCUGGAAGACUAAUUUUAGAUAUUUAUUUUUUAAAAAAGCUUUCAUGGAUUUUUAUUUCAUUAGACAAGCAGAGAAGCAAAAAUGAAAAUGGAAACAAAAUCAAGAAUCUCUCCCAACCAGAAUCAAAAUGGGUAUUGUAGGUGGGAUCAAGUAUACUUGGGGCUCAUCAAACAGAGUCAGUAAGUACAAGUUGUUUUACAAGGAUUGGGAGGCCUAAUAUGCGGCGAAUAAUUAAAGAGUUUUGGUCGCAAAAAAUUCCCACUUAAUGGUCUAAUGUUUACAAGAUUUACCUGAUCCUGGUUAGGAGACCUCUGGGUUGUCCAAAACAGUGAUCUUCACAGGACUGAGGAAUGAAGAAUAAUACCUCACCCAGUUAUUAGUGAGAAUUUUGUUCCUAUUAUACAUAUUGCAAAUGGCUUGAUGUGAUAUGAAUAACUUUCCCAGGGUUGUCUUUUAUUUUUGGCUUUAAAGGCUAAGUAAGAUUAAUAUAAGAUCUUCUCUUUUAUCUAGAGGAGCCAAUUGUGUGUCUGUGUGUAUGUGUGUGUUUUGUGUUGGAGAUGGGUUUGGUGGCGAUGAGGUGGUCAUGGAGGAGGAGGAGAUUUAAGUACUUACAGAAAACAUAACAGUUUUUCAGUAGCUUUCUUUGAGAUCUAUCAAGGUUUUCUUCCAUGCCACUUUUCUUAACACAGGAGUCAUAUAUAUUUAUGUUACCUGCUCAGUACCCACGUCAAGCUGUUCACAUAAUCAGGGGAGAAAGCUUUCAGGAAGCCAAAGAUGUUUUUUAACUCCUUACGUGAUGAAAAAUUUCCUUUGGGAUCUGAGGGGCCCACUUUCAGCCUACCACUUCCAUUUAUAAGAAGCUACUAUGGAGGAAACUGGGCCAGUUUUAGCUUUUCAGGACUGUUGUCCUGGCUAAAGGAAUAUCAGGAAAACAGUGACAUUGUAAAUGACAGUCCAGUGUGGCAAUACCAUAUCCUUGAAAAUGAAGAAGCCAUUGCUCUUAGCAGGAAGGACAAAACUAUUCAACAUGUGGAAGUAUUUUGUUAUGCCAGUCAGGAUUUGCAUGAAGAUGUCGAAGAAGCUGGUGCACUGCAGAAAAAUCAUGCUCUUGUGACAUCUACAAACUCCACAGAAGCUGCAGAUUCUGCCUGCCUGCCUACGGAGGAUGAGUCAUUAAGCACUGUGAGCUGUGAAAUGCUCAUAGAACAAACUCCAAGCAGUGAUCCAGAGAGUGCGCUAGAAGUAAAUGGUGCUGAAGUGACAGGGGAAAAAGAAAACCAUUCUGAUGAUAAAACUUGUGUGCCAUCAACUUCAGCAGAGGAAAUGAGUGACAAUGUGCCUAUAGCAGAAGAUACCACAGAGCAACCAAAGAAAAAUAAAAUUACUUACUCGCAAAUUAUUAAAGAAGGCAGAAGAUUUAAUAUUGAUUUAGUAUCAAAGCUGCUAUAUUCUCGAGGAUUGCUAAUUGAUCUUCUAAUCAAAUCUAAUGUUAGUCGAUAUGCAGAGUUUAAAAAUAUUACCAGGAUUCUUGCAUUUCGAGAUGGAAGAGUGGAACAGGUACCUUGUUCCAGAGCAGAUGUCUUUAAUAGCAAACAACUUUCUAUGGUAGAAAAGCGAAUGCUGAUGAAAUUUCUUACAUUUUGUAUGGAAUAUGAGAAAUUUCCUGAUGAAUAUAAAGGCUAUGAAGAGAUUACAUUUUGUGAAUAUUUAAAAACUCAAAAAUUAACCCCCAACCUUCAAUAUAUUGUCCUGCAUUCAAUUGCAAUGACAUCACAGACAGCCAGCAGUACCAUAGAUGGUCUCAAAGCUACCAAAAACUUUCUUCACUGUCUUGGGCGGUAUGGCAACACUCCAUUUUUGUUUCCUUUAUAUGGACAAGGAGAACUCCCCCAGUGUUUCUGCAGGAUGUGUGCUGUGUUUGGUGGAAUUUAUUGUCUUCGCCAUUCAGUACAGUGCCUUGUAGUGGACAAGGAAUCCAGAAAAUGUAAAGCAAUUAUAGAUCAGUUUGGUCAGAGAAUAAUCUCUAAGCAUUUCCUCGUGGAGGACAGUUACUUUUCUGAGAACACAUGCUCACGCGUGCAAUACAGGCAGAUCUCCAGGGCAGUGCUGAUCACAGAUAGAUCUGUCCUAAAAACAGACUCAGAUCAACAGAUUUCCGUUUUGACAGUGCCAGCAGAGGAACCAGGAACUUUUGCUGUUCGGGUCAUUGAAUUAUGUUCUUCAACGAUGACAUGCAUGAAAGGCACCUAUUUAGUUCAUUUGACUUGUACAUCUUCUAAAACAGCAAGAGAAGAUUUAGAACCAGUUGUGCAGAAACUGUUUAUUCCAUAUACUGAAGUGGAGAUAGAAAAUGAACAAGUUGAAAAGCCAAGAAUUCUGUGGGCACUUUACUUCAAUAUGAGAGAUUCGUCAGACAUUAGCAGGAGCUGUUAUAAUGAUUUACCAUCCAACGUUUAUGUCUGCUCUGGCCCAGACUGUGGUUUAGGAAAUGAUAAUGCAGUUAAACAGGCUGAAACAAUUUUCCAGGAAAUCUGCCCCAGUGAAGAUUUCUGUCCCCCUCCACCGAAUCCUGAAGACAUUGUCCUUGAUGGAGACAGUUUACAGCCAGAGGCUAACUCAGAGACUCUCAAGGAAAGCACAAACCUUGGAAACCUAGAGGAGCCCUCUGAAUAAUGGAUACAUACUAAACUGAAUACCCCACUUUGGAAAUUUCUACUGGUCUCAGAGCCUGCUUGAUAGAAGGACUGUUUGAAAAAUGUUAGGAAGCAGCACCAAUUAUAAGGCAAAAUAGGUAAUAGAAAUCCGAAAGGGGAUUUUCCUGAUAGAGGACAUUCCAAAAACACACAACACGUAUAAAGCACAUUGACCUGCUCAUUUUAAAUACCAAACUUAAGUGACUAGCAGAUGAAAAUUAUAAAUCAUUCGAUUCUCAGGAAUGUAACUAUGGAUAUGAAAGUGAUCCUAUGCACUGUUAAUAAUUUAGUGGUUUUAGGACAAUUUUGUUUGCCACUUUGGGUCUUUGUUGGAAAGCCACAUUUUCAGAACCAGCUCACGUAUUUUCUUUGAUUAUUUAAAUUAUAGUUUCUUUAUUAAUAACAGCAUUAUAACACAAGGAUAAAAACAUAUAUAGAAAAACUAAAGUAUCAUGAUCUAGAUAGAAGCCUGUAUUUGGAAUAUGGGUUUGUUUUGUUUUGCUUUGCUUUCUCUGUUGAGAAGCAUUGAAAAUGCUAAUAUUAAGGUGUUUACACAUUUUUAUGAAUAAGUUGGUAAUGUUUUCUUUUUAGUAUCAGUGAUAUUUGUUUGUAAAUUAUUUACAUAUUGGGAAGGGUCAAUAAUAAAGAAAUGAAAGAAUGGAAGGAAAGGCAUGGAUAGACUCACUGGUAUUUGGAUGUUCUGUCUGUCAAGUAACUAGAGUACUAGGCUAAUUGUCUACAGACCUAAUUUAAUCCUGGCUCUCCUACUGAUGAUAUUUGGUAAAUUGUUUUAACUUCUUGGCCUAUGUUUCUCCAUAUAUAGUAGUACCGUGCCUACUGUAUGACAAUGGUUAUGAAGACAAAUGCAGUGCCAUCUUUAGUAUGGCAUCACUGGAAGAAAAUUGUUUUAGAAUUUUCCCAUUGACUUGAUGAAUAUCAAAAGUCUCACGCAGGAAAUAAUUGCGUGCUGUCAGCUUCAAACAAAAUAGAUCACAGCAUUUUUAUUGCAUUAAGCUUUUUAAAUGAAAAUUUCUUUUUUUAAUUAGUAUUUUAUAGUCUUACAGAUGAGUAAAAAUAGUAACAAGUAGAGUUGUGGUUUUGAAAUCUGACUAAGAAAAACACUCUAUAAAUUGUUCCUGUUCCUUUUCUGGUAGGUAAACCUGCAACCACCCAGGACUUCAAGUUGAGUGUGACAGUUGGUAAGCCCUAAUAUACAUGCUACAUAAAAUUUUAGGGCUGCCAGUAAUCCCAGCACUUUGGGAAGCUGAGGUGGUUAGAUCACUUGAGGUCAGGAGUUUGAGACCAGCCUGGCCAACAUGGCAAAACCCUGCCUCUACUAAAAAUAUAAAAUUUUAGCUGGGUGUGAUGGUAGGCACCUGUAACCCUAGCUAUUUGGGAGGCAGAGGUUGCAGUAAGCUGAGAUUGUGCCACUGUACUCCAGCCUGGGCAACAGAGCUAGACUCUGUCUCAAAAAAAAAAAAAAAAGUUAGGUCUGUACAUAGGCAGCAAACCUAGCUACAGUGACGUUGCCUAUAUUUAAGUUUUCUCAAAUGGCCAAGCUCUGAUGGUCUACUUUAUCUGAGCAAUAGUUUAGUCUUAUAAUUGCCUGUAAAUAAAUAAAUGAACUCUAAAUUUUUUUUUUCACAAGAUACAGCCCAUAUUGUCUAUCAGUAAGCCAUGGCUCCAUUGUAAAGCACAUAGUUCUUAUAUACUUCAAGUGGAGCUGGUCCCUGACCUCACCAGGUUUCAGAAAUGUUCUUAAAGGAAGCUAGCUGUAGCAUGUCACAGAUUCAUGGGAUAUGAAAGAACCAAGGAACAUAGCUCAUGCCUCUCCUUUCUACCCCCUGCAGAUAUAGUUGAAGCCAGAAUAAUGGAAGAACUAAACUUACUGGCCUCUCAGGCUGCUCUUGUUCCUACCUCCCAGUGUACAGCUCCUCCCCAUCUCUUUAGUCUCCUUUCCUUCGCUUCCCCUUUUAUAAUGUCACAUAAAUCAGGACAGUAGGAUCACGUUAUAACCUACUUUGUCACAGGGAUUCAGAUUUUUCUUAUAUCAAAUUGUGUUUCCUGAAACCCAGCUGGGGCAUAUGCACUCAAUGUCUAAUACAUACCUAUUUAUGUACCGGGUAUUGGCCUUGCCUCUGGAUAUCAGCAAUACAUUAUAAAAGGUUCCACUAGAUGAGACAAUUGAGUCUGAAUACAACUGCAGUAAAUUGUGCCAAUAAAGGUAUUGCACUUUUAUGGUCUUAGAGUUAAGGCCGCUUGAAUGCAGCAUGCACAUUCUUGUAAACAGACAAUCAGGAUAGGCCUAGAAUAACCACAAAAAUUCUGAUGGCCUUACUGCAGUCGCCUAUAUGUAGAAUAAUGAAGGAGAUCGUUUGUGGUCCAUUAUUGUAUGCCAUUUCAUUCAUUAGCCAGCGUCAACAUUUCUUUUUCAGGUCAUUUAUUAAAUAUUACAGAAAUGUUUAAAAGUUGCUGAACAUGAUUCAUGUAUUAUACAACUGCUAAAAGACUUUCAGAACCUUAGAUACUUCCUGUUGCCUCAAAACGUAAUAGAAAUUAUUCUUAGAGCUUUCUUUUUAGUUGUCCUAAUUACUGCAAAUAAAUAUUUGUUCUUAGAGUUUUAAGUCAAAAAGAAAAAUCUUUUGGUUUUGUUAUAAAACCUUAAGCUUGAAGUCAUAUUAAUAAAAUUAAUAUGUUGUACAUAGUGGAAAAUUUUCAGUAGCUAAUUUACAUUUUCAAAAAUGUUAUCAAAAAAUUUUGAUUCAUGUAUUUAAAAUGUUUUUAUGCAUGCCUCUUAUUAACCAAAAAUAAUACCAUUCAGUUUAGUGAUCAGUAUGAGAACCAAUACCUUAUCCUAUGUUGCUAUUGUAUUUUUUCUAGUUGGUGUACCUGCCCAGAGAAACAUAUACUGUAUGUGUAUACAUACAUAUGUAUAUAUAAAAGGUCAAUUUAUAUAUUUUUCUACAGGAAAAUGUAGUAACAGUUUCCCUAUCUCCCAUAAUAUUUAUUUGUCAUAGUAAAAUGGCCAUGUUGAUGGUAAUUUCUAGAACUAGUUUCCAGGAUUGUCAGCCCUUUGUCUAAAGUAAUGGCAGUAUUAAUGAUUGACUUCUGUCACUACCAUAGUUACCUGGAUUGGCAAGCCUUGGUACCCUUUGUCUAAAGUCUUAAAGAGUUCCAAAAAAAAAUUUGUUGCAAUUUAAUUGCUAAAUAGUGGUUGGUGAUUCUUUACAGUAGGAAUUGUAAUGAUUUUCUUGCAAAUAAGUUAUUUACUGCUAUUGACAUUGAAUAAUUUGUCUUUUACUCCGCUAAUUUUAUUGUAUUUCAAAAAGCAUGAAUAUAUGAAUAUUCAUAAAUAAUACACUGUAACAAGUUUUCAGAGGCAAUAAAGACUUUUCAAUCCUUUUCA